AUGCCCGACAAGACGACGUCUGUUGUUUCUUACGCCGCCGGGGCGUCUCUCGCGGCGGCAGCGCUCUUCUACGUCUUCGGCCCGACCUUCACAAUCGACCACGACACCACCAGCUCGCGCAAGAAGACCAUUGUCGGGCUGCGCAACCAGGCCAAUGACUGCUUCAUCAACUCGGUGCUGCAGGCGCUGGCCGGCCUGCCCGAGCUGCGCAUCUACCUGAUCCGCGAGACGCACCGCCGCCGAAUCGAAGACCCGUCUGUAUACGCACACCUGGUGCAGCCCCUGGAUGGAAAAGAGCUUGCGCAGUGGAAACUGCAGGGCCUCCAGGAUGGGCUGGUGACGUACGGGCUCAAGGAGAUGCUGGACGCGCUUAACGAGCGGCCCAUUUCGAAAAAGGCCAUUUCGCCCUUUCCCUUUGUCAAGGUGUUGGAGAUGGCGUUCAAGCAGCGCAUCAGCAGACAGCAGCAGGACGCGCAAGAGUUUUUGCAGAUUGUGGCAGAGAGGCUCAAGGACGAAUACCAUGCCGGCCAGCGCGCGCGUCUGUAUGCCCGGAGACAGGGCCUUGCCUCACUCGCCGAGUCGAGCCAAGCCAAGGACGGCAACGAAACCGACCGAUCGGAUGACGCUGCCGAGAAUGCCGACGGCAUGGAAGCAUCUACCUCUGGCACCCAGAUCCCCAUCACUGUUGAUCUGGCAGAGGUACAGCGGGCGGUUCGCGAGAUCCAGGCUGCGCCAGAGCUUGAGGACGGUUUCCCGCUAGAGGGCAAAUACGAGUCGCACAUUCAAUGCCAGACCUGCGGCUACACCACCAAGCCGAGAGAGGAGACCUUCUGCACACUGACGUUGGCAGUUCCGCAGGUCUCGUCCACGACACUCAACGCGUGCUUUGACGGUAUCUUUAAGACGGAAUAUAUCGAUGAUUUCAAGUGCGAAAUGUGUCGACUGGUGCAGACCAAGACCAACCUCGAGCAGGAGAUGGUCAAGUCGACGUCCGACAGCUUCAAAGCAUUGGCCCAGGAGAACAUACAGAAGCUUCAGGCUGCGAUGGACGUUGACCCGGAGCGGCCGCCCGAGGAUGUGGAGCUCGGCGAUAUUCGAUAUGCGCCCAAGAGAAGAAUUGCAAAGACGACGCGCAUAUCUACGUUCCCCAAAAUCCUGGCCAUUCACCUAUCCCGGUCCAUCUACGGCAUCGGGCAGAUCACGCAAAAGAACUCGGCCAAGGUGUCCUUCCCCGAGCAGCUGCCGCUGGGAAGCGUCAUGAAACAGCGCAAGUACAAGCUCUUGGGCGUGGUCACACAUCGGGGAGGCCACAACAGCGGACACUACGAAGCCUUCAGGCGGCAAAACACACCGUCUCCUUAUGCAAACAUUAAUCCUUUUCAGCCUUCCGAUAUCUAUAGCAAGACACCAACACCCAUUUCCACCCCUCAGAUCUCAGCCCUCCGAUCCGACAGCCCAUCCAUUUCAACGCCGGAUCUGCUCUCGCCAUCCUCAGACACGACCCCCUCUACGCCGUCACUGGAAUCCAACGGGGCGCCCCCUCGAAGCGUUCCUGUCGACCUGCCCAGCUCUCUGGUGAACGGCAGAGAUCGGGACGGCGAGACGAGCAGCCUUCGGUCCAUCACUGCAUCUACCAAGUCAGCGCUGUCCAAGCUCGCUCCCCCGAGAGCAAGCCUGAACGGCUCCUCUUCACCCAGCACCCUGGCCGUCGGCAAGCCACAGCCGCGACCUAAGAAGCGAAAGCCUGCGGACAAGUGGUGGAGAGUGAGCGACGAGAAAGUACGCGAGGCCAAGACGAGCGAGGUUCUGGGCAUGCAGAAAGAAGUCUAUCUGCUGUUUUACGAAUUGGAGCCUGAAGAGUGA